GAAACUGCGAGCUGAGGCAUUUGAGUGGGCAUGUGGCUUCUGGAGAAGCUCCGUAGCUCUGUGGAGAGCAGUGGGACACAGUCCCAGCCCCCGCAGACAACAGAGGCCAUUCCUGUCUCUGUUUAUGCCAAUGUCCUCACUCCAGACAAGAUCCCUGAUUUCUUCAUCCCCCCAAAGCUGAUCUGCUGCCCACCGGACGAGUCUCUCACCCCAGAACCUCAGCACUGCUCCACACUACGACCCUCCUCCUCUGAUCAUGCCAUCUGCAUCCAGAGCCCCAGGGCUCGGAGCAGCAAGAACCCCUGCAGCCCUCGCCUCUUUUCCCGCCUGGGUGGAGACAACCGCAAUCUCCAAAAGUUAGCCAACCGUCACAUCAUCCAAAUAGAGAGUGCUGAUGAGCCAGGUGCUGCAGACCGGAUCAGUAUUGAAGUUAACACUAACGCAGACCCCCAAUCACAGACUGCGAUGUCUCUGCCGUACGUCCCCAAGGCUCAAACAUCCUAUGGCUUUUCCACCCUGGUGGAGUCUCCUCAUACCCGACGCAAGGAGAGCCUGUUCCACAGUGAUCCCAGCAGCCCUCUCACCUCUCCAAACUCCCAAAGGCGCUCACAAGGGGGAACUCUUCUGGCCCCAGCAGACCCCAACCCAUACCGCUAUUUCAGUGGUGGAGAGAGCGACACUUGCUCCUCAGCAGAUUCAUCCCCCUUUAACUCCCCACUCCUGUCCCGCUCUGCCUCACUCCUUCGCUCCAUUACCCAGGGGACACAGGCCAAGGUGUCUCGUGCCAAGCGUAGCCUGGCACGCCACAGUUCACUCUCCACUGAUGACUGCAGCUCAGCAGACAACAGCCCCAACAUGCAGCGCCGGCGCACGCGCUGCCCCCCAUCUCCUGCUUUCCAUGGAAGUAAAAGCAGUGGCUUGAGAGGCACAGCAUCAGACCUCCUGCAGCGCGAGCACACCGUCAAUCUCCACAAGGGGGGGACACUGAGGCUGAGCACUCACUAUGACCCAGAGGCAGCUCGGCUGAGGGUGCGCGUGCUCGCAGCUGAGGCCAUUUAUAACAGGCAGACGGACCUCAAGAGCAUCAACUGCUGUGUGGCACUCUACCUGAACCCUGGCAAGCAGCAGAAACAGAGAAGCACCAUCAUCAAGAAUAGCAGGAAUCCGGUAUUCAAUGAAGACUUUUUUUUUGACGCGCUGACCCAGGUACAGGUGAAGAGUCUGGCCAUGAAGAUAAAGGUAGUGAACAAAGGAACCAGUCUGAGGAGGGAUGUGCUCCUCGGAGAAAGGGAGGUGCUACUCAGUGAGCUGCUUGCAGAUCCCUAGGGAGAAUCUGUCAAGACUUCAGUGAAAACAAGCAGCUCCACAUCUCGAGGGGCCUGUCUUCUCUGACUACCUUUCUAUCACACUUCACACAUCUGAUAAAUACUGCUGACCAUGCUCCUGACAAGGCAGCUGUUUCUUGCACACUGUGUCAUGUGUGGCUGGAAAAAACAAGGCAAAAAUAUAGAAUUAAAAGUUCUCCUAUAUCAAGUCGCCAUCACUAGAGCUCAGUGCAGGUCAAACAAAGGGAAACACCAUAAUUUGCAUCAUUUACCAAUAUAUUAGUAGUGUGAAAAGUGGAGCUGUUGUAAUUGAUUGUGCAUUUAUCUUUAAGUAUUGAGUUACAAAAGGUGUUUCCUUCUCCAGUGAGCAUUGUGAUGUAGCUUGGGAUCAUAUCAGCUGUGGUGCAAUGAUGAUUUUGUUUGAUCUGGAAGUGUAUUUUUGUAAUAAGGCAGUAAUAUCACAUGUGGGUUUUUGCACGCUACUGUGGAAAAUUAAUAAUGCCUCUGUGUACUUGAAAGAAUAUAUAUUUACAAAUUAAAUUUUCAUCGCUCAUGGAUGUAAUGUUAAUAUGACUGUGGUUAUGCCAUAUUGUGACUUGCAUUCAAACUCAUAAAUAAAAACAAUAAACUCUUCCUGAGGCUUUUUUUCACCCUGCA